GAGGAGGACGAGUUCGAGAUGCAGCUGGGCCCAGUCAAGCCCGCGGUAUCUGCAGUCUACUAUGUCUGCAACAUCAUCUUCUUGCUGGUUCUGACCUGUUGGUCCAAAGCGAAGAACUUGAUGCUGGGUGGUCCCAUGCCGUAUUGGGAAGUCAUCUGGAUCUGUUUGGUUGUCGUCCUUUCCACGGAUGUGCUGGGGUACUUUCAACUGAUCUGGCACUUCAUGAUCGCUGCUUUUUUCAUCGCGGUGCAGGCGGCGAUCAUGAAGCGCCAGAUCAGCGCACAGCAUACUUUUGGAUUGAACGCCGCGCUCCUCACCAUCUUCCUGCCGGCGCCGGCAUUGUUCUGGUUCGAAACGACCGGGAGGGACUCCCUCCUGGUCGUUUCGAACAGGAAGGACCUGGCGGCAGAGCUUUGGCCGGCGUUGGUUGCCCGCCUUCGGGUGAGCAAGGCGGCCACGGGAAAGCAAGAGCGCCUUCCUCAAGCG